AUGGCGGAUCAGCAUCUCCCGGCUUUGUCCUCCCUUGAGGAAUUUCUCGGUCACGAAUAUGAUUUUCUUGUCGUCGGCGGUGGGACAGCUGGUCUUGUCGUUGCUGCACGUUUGACAGAGAAUCCUACGAUCUCGGUGGGGGUCUUGGAAGCUGGCCCAGCACAUCUCAAUGACCCGAUGAUCCUGACACCAGCUUUGUACAAUUGGGCACCCCGACGAGGCCUAACAGGCAUAUCUUUCGAUCAACCACGUGGCAAAGGUCUCGGCGGUUCCAGCGCAAUCAACUAUCAGAUGUACAACCGUGGCCAGGUAUCUGAUUACGAUGAUUGGGAGCGUUUCGGAAAUCCUGGCUGGGAUUUCCAGUCCAUGCUUCCCUAUUUCAAGAUAUCUCCUACCGAACGCUUCAAGACCGAUGCACUGGUCACAAAACUCAUCCUGUCUCCAGGGAAUGAGCCUGCCGUAACGGGCAUCGAAUUUGAACAUUCCGGGAGAACCCAUCAACUUUCUACCAAGAAAGAAAUCAUCCUCUCAGCAGGAUCCUACAAAACUCCGCAACUUCUCGAGCUCUCCGGGAUAGGCAACCCCGCCAUCCCCUCCAAAUCGGGAAUCGAGACCCUAAUUCCCAAUCCCCGCAUCGGGGAGAACCUGCGAGACCAUCCCGCCACCGGCGUGGGAUACGAACUUGUCCCUGGUCAGAAAUCCCUAGAUAUGCUGCAGGACCCUGCUACGUUCCAAGCUGCUCAAAAAGAGUACAUGGAAAGCAGGACCGGACCAUUAAGUAGCGGCGGCUCUGCUGGUGGCUUUGUGGCAUUAGCUGAUAUCUGUUCCGCGGACGAGAUCGCUUCGAUCCAGAAGCGGAUUUUGAACAGCCACGAGGAAGGCCUGUUGCCAGCUGCGAAAAAGCUGAUAGCGGAUGGGUACGCGAGUCACGAUGAUGGGAGUAUCCAAAUCAUUCUCCUACCCGCCUCGCUCGGGUUGCGGGAUUUGACGGACCAGAAAAAGUUCUUUGCAGGAGACGAAGACGUGAAAAAGCGAGGUGCUCAGGGACUUGCAAUGGGUUGCGCGGUCGCGAGACCAGUUUCCGCCGGGUCGGUACAUAUCCGUUCUCCUGAUCCUCACCAAGAUCCGGAUAUCGACCCCGCGUAUCUGGUUGAGGAAGUAGACUUGGAAGUCAUCGCAAGAGGAAUGCAGGUCGCGAUGAAGAUGGCGGAAACGAGCCCUUUAAAAGAUCUGAUUGCGAGACGAUACUGGCCAGAUGAGAGUGUGGAUCUCAGUACGUUGGAGGGGUGCAUGGGAAUCUACGUCUUGGAUGCGGUAAAUGGUACAUUGGUGGCAUCUCGGGAUUUAUCUUCGGAAGGCGAGGGCCCAUUCAUGGUCUCUGACCUCCCUUCCUGUAAUGAUAUCGGUCAAACAAUUGGUAUUACGGGAACGCCAAUCAUCGAUCCUACUACUGAUACGAUCUAUUUCUGGGCGAAGAGCUAUUUAUCGCCAGGACAAAGUGGCUGGCAGAAUGGCGCUUAUAGUUUCCAUGCAGUUGAUGCUGCCACUCUCAAGGAAAAGUCUGGCUUUCCGACCAACAUCCAAGGCUUUAUGGCGGAUAAUGAUAAUACUCGACACUUCACUGGCGGUGAUCAUCUCCAAAGAACUGGGUUAAACAUGAUUAAUGGAAUUGUUUAUGCUGGCUUCGGUGCUCAUUGUGAUUUGUUCAACUACACUGGAUGGGUCAUCGGCAUGAGCACAGCAGGGAAAUAUGUCACGGGCUAUGCCACUUUCGGAGGUGCUGGCACCCCAGCAGAAGAUGGUACAUGGAGUGGAGGUGGAGGAGCUGCUGGAAUUUGGAUGGCCGGUUCGGCACUUGCAUCUGACAAUACUGGACGCCUGUUCUUUGCCACUGGAAAUGGCAGAGGUACCGGAGUCAAUCAAGUAGCCGCUGCACCAGGUCAUGUGCAUCUAGACACACUUGCUGAAUGCAUUGUCAAUCUGAUGUUGAAUGCAAAUGGAUCGCUUACCCAACAAGACUACUUCCAACCGGCAAGCUAUCUGGCCAUGGAUAAUGGAGAUCGUGACCUAGGAUCGGGUGGCGUUAUACUCCCAGAUCCGUCAGUAUUUUCUGGGGGAGGAGUUGCUCGGUUGGCAAUCACUUGCGGGAAGAAUGGGAAUUGCUUCAUUGCAAAUGCUGAUAAUUUGGGGGGCUAUAAGAUGGGCACUGCUAGCGAGGAUGCUGUGAUCCAGACAUUGACUCCCCCAGGAAAUGGCGAACUCUUUGGAAAUCCUGGCACUUAUCCACUGGAAGGAGGAUAUAUGUACAUCACUCCAGUCGGCAUGCCUACAUACGUUUAUUCUCUCGGGUCUGAUACUAAAGGCCGUCCAGCCUGCACACUAGUAGCACAAACAAACGAGACUGCCGCAGGAGCGGUCGGUGCCGGGCCAGCAACGAUCACCUCGCUCAAUGGACAAGCUGGAACUGCGAUACUCUGGAUCUGCGAUACGAAUGGUAUUAGGGCGUAUCAUGCGGUUCCGGUCAAUGGACAAAUGCUUAGGAUCAAUCUUCCUCCAGCAGGAGGCCUCACCAAAUUCUCUCGAGCCACAUUUGGUGAUGGGAGAUAUUAUAUGACCACUUCUGCAGGUGCUAUACUCGCUUUCGGUGCACCCGUCUCGGUCCCACUCAACUGUGCGUCUCCAAUUGACUUUGGCUCUGUCCAAGUUGGAGCUGCGAGCAUCUUGUCCGUUACAUGCGUGGCGAACAUCCCCAUCACAAAGGUUGAAGGUUUGCUCCUUGGUAGUCCGAUCUAUCAAGCUCUGAACUCGAGCUUGCCAACUGAAGGUUUAAAUGAGGGUGCUUCAUUCUCAUUUCCAAUCACACUCAAUCUCACAAAGUAUGUGCUGGGUGGUGGCAGCACCAGCUCGCCAAAAAUCUCACCUGGAAUUGUCUCGUCCGCUCUGACUCUUUUUACCAAGAACGCAAAAUCUGGGUAUUCUACAGAACAGAGUAUAAGCUUAAGAGGAAAGGCUGUCGUUAACGGCCCGUUUCUGUCUGUUAGUCCUCUUCAAGUCACUUUCCCGAGCAUUGUAGUGGGAUCACAAGCAUCUGUCGGUGGAGUCGCCAGCACGUUCCUGAUCGAAAAUGCUGGAAAAUCCAAUCUUGACAUCCUUGGAUACGCCUUCAGCACGAACAAUGACGGGCCAUUUACCAACGUUACCAUGAAACCGACAUCGGUUCUAGAUAAUGAUGGCUAUUUCACAUCUCAGGAUUUGCCAUCAUUGGGAACAUCGAUUCUGGCAGGGAGUUCUGUGACCGUUACUGUCAACUUUAACACGUCGGUCGUUGGAAGUCACUUUACCAUGCUUACGAUAUUCUCCAAUGCAGGGACCAGCUAUGUCAUUCUUUCCGGUACAGCUUCAACAACUCCAAUAGCUGUUCUUGAACAAUCAACAAAUGAAGGAGGAUGGAUCAAGAUUCCUGGUUGUAUCGCUGGGUGUACUUCUCAGAUUAAUAUUGGAUCUCUUCCAGGUUCAGGAUCACUCACUCAGACAAUCCGUCUCACCAACAACGGAGGAUCCAACCUCCUCGUUACCAAGUCCAAACCACCAGAAGGGGUAGUUCUAGGAGCAACAAACCCCUCAACAGACUUCUCCGAGGGGCUUUCAAUUGCGCCUGGCUCAUACGCCACUGCGACUGUCUACUUCGAGCCUGGCAGCGCAGUCCUGAAUUCUGAUCCAGCAACUUACUUCGGAGCCUGGACACUCAACACAAAUGACUUAACAUUUGGCGUCCAUGUCCUAAACUUCACAGGAACUCUAGCACCACCUGUUGUCGGUCCUUUACUCGGUAAUGGAAGCGCGCAAUUUCAAUACCUAGGAUGUUUCCACGACGGUGCUGGAGCAAGAGUCGAGCCCAACCAAUUGAGCAAUACCAAUAACAGUAAUGGACUGUGCCAACAACAAGCAUUGAAAGCGGGGCACGUGUUUGGAGGCACUGAAUAUACGACCGAAUGCUGGUAUGGGUCUGUGAUUCCGAGUCCUUCGUCUAAAGCUGCGGAUAGUAUGUGUAUGAAUUACGCCUGCCCUGGAGAUAGCACCCAAUGGUGUGGCGGAGUUGGUGGAUAUCUAGAGUUGUAUUAUGACAGAAUGAAGUACGACCCAGGGAGUGAAAAACUUACACCUUCACCGUCGUCGACUACCUUAUCUUCGUCGAGUUUGUCAACAACGUCUCUCUCUUCAACGAAAAUUGAGUCCGCGACAUCCUCUGUUUCCCUCACUUCCGGCACGAAAAGCAGCCCCACCACUUCUGCUCAUACAGCGAACCCAACCAUCCCAUCCAUCGUUGGGAAUUAUCACUAUAUCGAUUGCCACUCAGACAAUACCACGAUCCGCACCUUGCAAAGUCAUCGUAUAGCCACAGACGAUAUGACGAUCCAGUAUUGCGCAGGGAACUGUACAGGCUACACCUAUUUCGGUGUUGAAUAUUCGACAGAAUGCUAUUAUGGCAACAUUUUGACGUUUGGGAGCUUCACCACUGUUGAUGAAAGGUGUAAAAUGGUGUGUGGUGGAGAUUUGAAUCAGCUCUGUGGAGGCUCGAAUGGACUUACCUUGUUUCAACUCAGUGUUGCGGGUUUGACUAGUUCUUCGACGAUAACGAGUACAAUGGGUUCGUUGCCUUUGGUGUCCAUAUCAUCACCAGCAACCUCAAGGCCUGCUCAAGUCACUACUUCAUCACCGUCCCUACAGACCAGCACAUCUGAAACGGCCAUUACACCGUCGAUUUCAAUUUCCCAAUCUCAGUCAUCAGUCUCCUCCUCCAGUUCGACGUCUACUUUCUUAGCUUCACCGACCUCUACAUCAAAUCCAUGGAUCUACGUCGGUUGCGCCAACGAUACGUCCGCGACCCGAGCUUUACCAAACAUCUUUACUUGGUCCCCUAAUAUGACUAUACCCCUCUGUCUCCUCACCUGCCAAAACGCCAAUUAUCCCCUCGCCGGUCUGGAAUUCGGAGAUCAAUGCAUGUGCUCACUGACCUUAUCCCACAACUCCUCUCUUGGAUAUGACGGUUGCGACAUGCCAUGUGUGGGGAAUGACAACCAAACUUGUGGAGGAGUGAAUAGAGUCGGAAUUUGGAACUUGACGGGAUAUGUGUACCCGAGAGUUAUUGAGACGGUGGGGAAUUGGAGUUUGGAGGGGUGCGUAGAAGAUGAAGUUGCCAAGAGGGUGCUAGGAAAUUAUUCUCAUGCGGGCACGGCGAGUGAGGGGAUGACGAUCCAGAGGUGCUUGAGUACGUGCCAGGGAAUGGGGCUUAGGUAUGCUGGUGUGGAGUUUGGAAAUGAGUGCUACUGUGGGAGCUCGAUCACUAGGAAUGGAACAGUGAUUGAGGAUAUAGAGGAUUGCAUCGGCACGUUCUGUAGUCGAUAUGAGACGCAAUUUUGUGGAGCGGCGGAUAGGUUGCUGUUAAGAUCCAUUCACGAGUUUCUUUGUUCUGGCUACAUUUCAUAAGUAGAAU